AUGAUGACCGGGUGGGCACUGGUGAUGCUCAUGGUCCUGAUGUUGGGUAGGGUCCUGUUCGUGCCAGGGACCCCUAUCCCCACCUUCCAGCUCCUCCCUCAGAACUAUCUGGAGACAGCUCCCUACUCUGUAGCCUCGGAGAGCCCCUCAGCUACCACCACAGGGCCCUCAGCUUUCCGGAGCAAGUCUAAAGCCACUCCUCACCUGGGCACACGGGUCACACUCUCCUUGGAUGUCCCCAUUGGUCUCCUGCAGAUCCUCCUGGAGCAGUCUCGGAGCAAGGCUGCCAGGGAUCAGGCUGCCACUAACGCCCAAAUACUGGCCCGCGUUGGCCGCCGCUGA